AUGUUUUGGCAACAAACAAUUAUAUGGAUUGCCUUUAAUACGCAGGGUCAGAUUAUCAACGUUUUUGUGGGUCAGUGUGGAUCACAAAUGAGCAGCGCUUUUUGGGAACUCUUCUGCAUCGAACACGGUAUAGAUCCUGAGGGAUGUCCUGUCUUUUGGGAGGGUCAAAGUGGAGAUGAUUUGGAUGAGGGACGCGAUGUUUUCUUUGAAGAAACAGAAUCGGGUGGAUUUUCACCAAGGACGGUCAUAAUGGACACCGAGCCGCUUGUGAUUGACGAGAUAAGAGCGGGCGUCUAUCGAAGCCUUUUCAAUCCCCAACGGCUAUUAAGUGGAUCAGAAGAUGGAGCGGGAAAUUUCGCGCGUGGUUUCUACCAACUUGCCGCACAACACGCACCUCAAUUCGCCGCUACGCUGCGUCGGGUUGCUGAGACCUGUGACUUACUGGAGGGGAUUUGCUUUUUCCACUCAUAUGGAGGGGGAACGGGUUCUGGUCUCUUAAUGGAAACGCUGAAACCUUCUUUUACAGCUCUCCACGAUACAAUCGAUGGGGAAUAUCCCAAAGCAAAUAAAUUUGAUCUCGGCGUUUACCCUGACUACGACCAGGCUCUCUCCGUCCUAGAGCCCUACAAUGCUGUCCUUGGAGCUGCAAGUCCGUACAAACCGGACUGUAUCUCUCUCGUCCUUCAAAAUCGUGCUAUUAUGGACAUUUAUGAGCGUGAACUGAACGUGGCCUGUGUAACAUACUCACACAUAAAUCGACUUCUUGCUCAGGUUUACAGUGGAAUAACAGCUGGAUUUAGAUUUUACUCGUCACUGACAUCAACUUUGGUCGAACUGCAGACAAACCUGAUCCCCUACCCAAGUAUGCACUACCUCAUGAGCAGCUUCUACCCGCUUAUGAGUCCGGCUGUGUAUGAUAGUACAAGUGAGUCUUCUCAUGCCUAUCCCAAUUGUUGCUCUGACUACACAAGUGAUGCAGCGCUUACCGGUGCUCUGGACGCUGUCUUGUACAAUUAUUCUGCAGAAUUGAGUGCUGAAAUGCUUCUUCAAGAGGCUCUAUCCGACCGAUUUCAACUUGCAUUGGGCGUGUCUCCCAUUGAAGACUCCGUGACGCUUUCCUGUGCCCUGCUCUAUCGUGGAGAUGUGACACCAUCGGUCAUCAAUGCGGCAGUUGACGAGUGGAAACGAUCAGGCAGACUCAAGUUCGCUGAUUGGAGUCCGUGUGGCUACAAGGCGAGUGACCUUAUUGGAUGCUGUCGACAACCAAUGGUAGUUAUAAAGGCCACUGGAAUGGUUUCAACACCUCUCUGCAUCACCGCUCUCUACAACGGAACACUGGUGAAAUCCACUCUCACUGGAAUUGGGAAUGACUUCAUUGCAUUGAAGAAUAGAAAGGCAUUUUACUAUUGGUAUCUCUAUGAAGGCAUGGAGGAAUGCGAAUUCGAUGAGGCUUUGAACGACUUCCAGUCACUAAUGCAGGACUAUGAAAUCAUUGAUGAGUCAGCUAGAAAGGCUCGAAAAAAGGUGGAGUUACAUUGCUAA